UUUCUCGGCUCGGCCGGGGCAGGUCGAGAGCCCGAUGCCCGGGAGGCGCCGGGACGGGCGGUGCUCAGAGGCAGCCGCUCUCCGCCGCCCCGGACAUCAGCGGAAGCCUCAGCUCGGCGGAGGGACAGCCAUGGCGACAGGACAAGCUGCUAAAUCAGCAAGGACAGUUGUCAUCGCUGGUGUUCCAGAUGGCCUUCUGCACAAUGAUGUCAUGACCGACAUACUGACAAUUCAUUUCCAAAUGUCAAAGAACAACGGUGGAGAUGUGGAGGACGUAAUGUAUCCCACAGACAAAAAAGGAGUUGCAUAUGUAACUUUUGAAGACCAAAAAGUUGUAGAGAGUGUUCUAAAAAAGGAUGAACAUCGACUAGAGGACAAGAGGUUCUCCAGAUACUACCCGCUGGAAGUAACCCGCUUCUCUGAAAAUGUCUUCAGCUCUGUCACAUGUGUCCUCGAUAUGUCUAUUUUCAAAGAACAAUUCAUUUUAGAAGAUCUGAUACAAGAAAUGAAAAAGAGUACAGAUUUGAGCUUUGGUCCUUUGCAAUCCAGUGGGCAUAUUUCUGUUCAAGGGUCAUUUCCAGAUAUCAAAUUGCUAAGAGACUUUCUCUUAUUAAAAGCAAAAUCCAUUUCAGAGAAGGACAAAAGAGAAAAAGGUACAUCCCACCAGAGACCAAGAAGGAGGCAACAGCAGCAUGGACUUACCACGGAGAUGAGUAAUUUUGUUCAUGGUGUGGAAAAACAGGUGGUUGUUCUUGACACAGAUAUAUAUCGCUACAUGAAGUCCUUUUUUCCCAGGACAUUCAUAGUAAGUGAUGACACUGUGAUUUUUGACAUCACUGAUGGUGAUGUAACUACACUAUAUAUUGAGAAUGCUGGAAGUAGGUCUGAUGCUGGACAGGCAUUACAAGUCAAAGAGAAAAUUGAAAAUUGGUCUAUAAAACUCCAUAAAACUCUGCGUAAGGAGAGGAUUGACUUCAAGGAACACACCAGAGAUGAAAAGCAGAGAUAUAGGAGGGCGUGUGAAAGUGUGAAACCCCAUUACCCUCAUGUUUUGAUCAUCUUUUAUGAUACUCACAUUGAUGUUAUAGGAAAUCCUUCUGAGGUAUUUGAGUUUAUAAAGAAAGCGAGGAAUGAGAUUCAGAGCCUGUUUCGCAGCAGGUAGAAAGCUAGUGUUUAUGUUGCUUACAUGCUGUACUUGUACAGACUAUACCUGUGCACAUCUGUGUCACUAAAGAUCUGUCACAUUGCUCCCACUCACAGGUUGGACAGUCUGCAUCUGAGGGUGAACAAGCCUGUUCCUCCUGAUGAAGUUUGGAACAGGAAGUAAAUUAUCUCUGUAUCUCUUCUGAGCUUAAGAGACUGAAGAAGUUAGGCCUCUUCUGUCCAGAUACAGCUCCUUUUUCCUUUGUUAGAUGUGUUCUGGGCGUAUGCACUUUCAUUCUCUUGUCAUCAGAGAGCACAGGAUGAGAAAAGGCAAUUUUUUUUAAGAGUUCUCAUUAUCAUAAGAAGUCUGACUGACAAAGCUGGGUAAGCCAACCUGGUACAAAAUACUGCACUGAAGUCAUGUUUCUGUUCUCUGCACAGGCAG